CGGCGGCGGCGGGGGCGCUGGCGGCGGGUCGGGGAGCGGUGCACGCGUCAGCAGCUGCGGGCGACGCAAGUUCCGGACCGGGCUUCAGCGUCCUCGCCUCACGCCUCUCUCUCUGUUCUCGCCUAGCCGCGGGGCUCUCUCCCGACAGUGGCUCUCCUGCCCCGAGCUGUCGUCGGAGGGCGUCCCUUCCUCGCCUCGGUGGCGGCACCGUUCUCUCGGGAAGCACUCCCCCCAGCUCCAUGAAUGGAAAUCGGCUCCGCAGGACCCACUGGGGCCCAGCCCCUACUCAUAGUGCCCAGAAGACCUGGAUAUGGCACUAUGGGCAAACCCAUUAAGCUGCUGGCUAACUGUUUUCAAGUUGAAAUCCCAAAGAUUGAUGUCUACCUCUAUGAGGUAGACAUUAAACCAGACAAGUGUCCUAGGAGAGUAAACAGAGAAGUAGUUGACUCAAUGGUUCAACAUUUUAAAGUAACUAUAUUUGGAGACCGUAGACCAGUGUAUGAUGGGAAAAGAAGCCUUUACACAGCCAAUCCACUUCCUGUGGCAACUACUGGGGUAGAUUUAGAUGUUACAUUACCUGGGGAAGGUGGAAAAGAUCGACCUUUCAAGGUGUCAGUCAAAUUUGUAUCUCGGGUGAGUUGGCAUCUACUACAUGAAGUACUGACUGGACGGACUUUGCCUGAGCCACUGGAAUUAGACAAGCCAAUCAGCACUAACCCGGUCCAUGCUGUUGAUGUGGUGCUACGACAUCUGCCCUCCAUGAAAUAUACGCCUGUGGGGCGUUCCUUUUUCUCAGCUCCAGAAGGAUAUGACCACCCUCUGGGAGGGGGCAGGGAAGUAUGGUUUGGAUUCCAUCAAUCUGUUCGGCCUGCCAUGUGGAAAAUGAUGCUAAAUAUUGAUGUUUCUGCCACUGCCUUCUACAAAGCACAGCCUGUAAUUCAAUUCAUGUGUGAAGUUCUUGACAUUCAUAACAUUGAUGAGCAACCCAGACCUCUGACUGAUUCUCAUCGGGUAAAAUUCACUAAGGAGAUAAAAGGUCUGAAGGUUGAAGUGACUCAUUGUGGAACAAUGAGACGGAAAUACCGUGUUUGUAAUGUAACAAGAAGGCCUGCCAGCCAUCAAACCUUUCCUUUGCAGUUAGAAAAUGGCCAAACUGUGGAGAGAACUGUAGCUCAGUAUUUCAGAGAAAAGUACGCUCUUCAGCUGAAGUACCCUCACCUUCCCUGUCUGCAAGUGGGGCAGGAGCAGAAGCAUACGUACCUGCCUCUAGAAGUCUGUAAUAUUGUGGCUGGGCAACGGUGUAUCAAGAAACUAACUGACAAUCAGACUUCUACUAUGAUUAAGGCAACAGCAAGAUCCGCACCAGACAGACAAGAGGAAAUUAGCAGAUUGGUAAGAAGUGCAAAUUAUGAAACAGAUCCGUUCGUCCAGGAGUUCCAAUUUAAAGUGCGGGAUGAAAUGGCCCACGUAACGGGACGUGUACUUCCGGCACCGAUGCUCCAGUAUGGAGGACGGAACCGGACAGUGGCAACACCAAGCCACGGCGUGUGGGACAUGCGAGGAAAACAGUUCCACACAGGAGUUGAAAUCAAAAUGUGGGCCAUAGCUUGUUUUGCCACACAGAGGCAGUGCCGAGAAGAAAUACUGAAAGGUUUCACGGACCAACUUCGAAAGAUUUCCAAGGAUGCGGGAAUGCCCAUCCAAGGCCAGCCAUGCUUCUGCAAGUACGCACAAGGUGCAGACAGUGUGGAGCCCAUGUUCCGACAUCUCAAGAACACCUACUCGGGACUGCAGCUCAUCAUCGUCAUCCUGCCGGGGAAGACGCCAGUGUAUGCGGAGGUGAAACGUGUAGGAGAUACACUUUUGGGUAUGGCCACACAGUGUGUGCAAGUCAAGAAUGUAAUAAAAACAUCUCCUCAAACUCUCUCAAACUUGUGCCUAAAGAUCAAUGUUAAACUUGGAGGAAUCAAUAAUAUUCUUGUACCUCAUCAAAGACCUUCUGUGUUCCAGCAACCAGUGAUCUUCCUGGGCGCAGAUGUCACUCACCCACCUGCUGGUGAUGGAAAGAAGCCCUCCAUUGCUGCUGUUGUAGGUAGUAUGGAUGCCCAUCCAAGCAGAUACUGUGCCACAGUACGAGUUCAGAGACCUCGGCAGGAAAUCAUCCAGGACUUGGCCUCCAUGGUCCGGGAACUGCUCAUCCAAUUUUAUAAGUCAACCCGAUUCAAACCUACUCGCAUUAUCUUUUAUCGGGAUGGUGUUUCAGAAGGACAAUUUAGACAGGUGUUGUACUAUGAGCUACUGGCAAUUCGAGAAGCCUGUAUCAGUUUGGAGAAAGACUAUCAACCUGGAAUAACCUACAUUGUAGUUCAGAAGAGACAUCACACACGACUGUUCUGUGCUGACAGAGCAGAAAGGGUGGGGAGAAGUGGGAACAUUCCCGCUGGAACUACAGUCGACACCGACAUCACCCACCCGUACGAGUUUGACUUCUAUCUCUGCAGCCAUGCAGGCAUCCAGGGAACCAGCCGUCCGUCACACUAUCAUGUCUUGUGGGAUGACAACUGCUUCACUGCAGAUGAACUCCAGCUGCUGACUUACCAGCUCUGUCACACCUACGUACGCUGUACAAGAUCCGUUUCUAUCCCCGCACCAGCGUACUAUGCUCACCUGGUGGCAUUCAGAGCCAGAUACCAUCUUGUGGACAAGGAGCAUGACAGUGCUGAGGGAAGCCACGUUUCAGGACAGAGCAAUGGGCGGGAUCCACAGGCUCUUGCCAAGGCUGUACAGAUUCACCAAGAUACCUUACGCACAAUGUACUUCGCUUAACAAGUCCAAGUGUGUUCUCUGAGAGGAAGAGCUGAAAGACCAGUCAACAUACAGUGUAUAUUUCAGUGGAGUCGGAUCCCUGGGGACACUCCAGCCACACAGAAGCCAACACUGUGUAGGGUCUGGGCCUUUUGUUGAUCCCAGGGAUCUGUUCACUUUGUCGAGGAACGUAGUACCGUUGUGCACUAGGAACCAGCCAGCUGCUUUUUUGCAGUCUCCUGUAGGAAGCAUCGCGGUUGUUUGUUUCCACUUCUUACUGUCUAACCCUUUAAUGCCUUUACCUCAAGUCGCUUGGCAGCACAACUGUCUUUGCAAAAAAGUAAAGAAAACGUGAAUGAUGGUUAAAAAACGCAAGCCUACACAAAUAAUGAUUGUUCAGUUAUAUGUGCAGAAAGAGUGAUGUGCAUUCAUCUGUUCUUGUAAAGGAGUCUGUGUUUUACAUACACACGUGUGUACUUCAUGUGCGUAUAUAUCUAGAUCCAGAUUAAUGAUAUAUAUGUAUCUGUGUGUCUAUGUUCCAGUUCAUUCCACUGGGGAACUUUCUUUUCCUUGUAGCCCUCCUUAGGCCACUGACAUUUCUGUCACUCCCUACUCACCUUCAGCAUCUACACUUUUGUCCUUAUUGCUACAAAUGACACUCACAUGUUCUCAUGUAUGAUUCUUUUGAAGUAAAGCAUGGCAAACUAGAUUUCUGUUCCUACUUUAGGUCCCCGACUCCUCACUCGUAGCUCAUACACAGUUCUGAGUCCUCGGCUCCAGGGGCCGUGUUUGCGAGUGUCUGCUCCAUCUUGCUCUGGACUUACCUUUGCCAUGUGUGCACUGUGUAUAGGAACAGUGGCAGCCUGAGUAUUCCUUGCUGUAGUGAGUGUGGUAAAGCUGCUAUAAAUACAAAACCUUGUCAGAAGACUUUCUGAUCAGUGACAAAUGUUCUAAAGCCUCUGUUUGUAUGAGUCAUACCUGGAAAUCCCUUAAAGCUUUUUUAAGGGUAAAUAUUUUAAAAAUCUGAAACUCUGUAGGAUGGAAAGAGAAAAGGAAUUAGGGGUUUUUGUUUUUUGCUAGUUUACUUACUGCCCUCACACCUUAAUGUGAUUUUCAUAUAUAUUUUAUAUAUGUGUAUGUAUAUAUAUAUAAACAUAUAUGUAUGUUGCAGUACAGCUCCUUUUGCUUUUAUAUUCAAUAGAAUAGUGCUUUAACAAUUAUAAACUGCAUUGGCUACAUCUUUUAUAGAAAUGUAAUCAUGUUUAAGGACAGACUAGUUUUGCUCUAUUUAGUGCAAUAAGCAGUUUGAAAGGAAAAUUGUGUCUGUCGUCUUCACCACGGACCACAGGAAGAAGAGACACCUCUGUUAUUUUAAAGGGGGCAAAGUAAGACAGCCUUAAUGUCAGAAGGAGAGCUUCCUAAUUUUCAGUUUUAAAGCAUGUCCUUAAAAAUCACAGUCAAGAAAGUAAAACCGACCAAAAGAGCCUCACUAGAGACCAGAAACACAGCUGCACUUCAGUUUUUAAAAAUGACAGUGAUAGCCAGGUGGUGGUGGCGCACACCUUUAAUCCCAGCACUCGGGAGGCAGAGGCAGGCUGAGUUCUGCGUUCUGGGCUUCAGAGCAAGUUCCAGGACAGCCAAAGCUACACAGAGAAACCCUAUCUCGGGAAAGAAAAAAAAAAAAAAAAAAGACAGUGAACAGCUUAAGAUUUAAAAUUUUUUAAUUAUUUAAAAUAGAUCUUGAUUGUUGAAGAAUUGUGCUUCUUUGACCAAAAGGAAUCCAGAAAAUACUGGAUGAUUUUUUUUCUAUCUUUUAACCAAUGUAACUUUCUCUUUAAAAUUAAGGUGACGGUGACAAAGGAGUUUGGGACUUUGAUCAUUUAAAAUUAGUUAAAUUUCUGAAAUAUGGGGAAAAUCUUUAAAAACGUAUUUUUCUCCACUUCUUUAGUCAAUAACUUUAGCUGAUAACUUUAAGGCUGUCAAAGCUGAGUUUCCCAAAACGUCAGGGUUCAGGGAACUUUGUACUUUGUAACUCAUGAAACUUGCCUUUGAGUUUUCUCUGUUCUUACCACGGCUGGUUCUGAGGACAGACACUGCAGAUGUUUGCAGCUGGCACUGUCAGCCUUUCAGAACUCCAUCUGCAUGUGAGAAGUGAUAAGUUUAGGUCUUCAUUUUCGCUCUUACUUUCAAUCCACUAUUAUUGCCAAUUUACUGUAUUUUGAGCCUAAAAUCUGAGCCCGUGUCCUCCCCAUAGGCAUGAAAUCUUUUGUCCUUCUGACAGAAAACUAAGAAAGUACUGUAUUUUUUACUUUUAUUGCUUUGAAGUAUCUAAAAUGCAAUUCUCAAUACUGUUUCAAAGCACUUUACAAAAGAUAUUUGUGUAGUUUGUACAUUUUUUUUCCUUCCAAAAUUCUUCCAUCUCCUCCUUGACAAAAGAAAAAUUCCUUAAAACAUAUUUGGGGUUGGUUUGUUUGCUUGCUUGUCUUGGAGACAAAGUUUCCCUGUAUUGCCCAUGCUGGCUUCCAGCACCUGAGCUCCAACAUCAUCUCACCUCAGCCUCCCUGGUAGCUGGGACCACAGUGUUCCUGCCAUCAUGCCUGGCUGUCUGAUGAGAUGGGCCAGAAAAGAGGCUAGUACAGCCUGUGUUUGUUCAGUAUAAGUAAAACAUCUUCCUUUGUCUGUGGCCCCUGCACUUACUCACGUGAGGAACUUUUGGGGAGCAGCAUGGACACCCUGUCUUUUUCCUAACCUGUGAUCUCACACUUGCCAGAGAGAAGCCCUUUAACUCUUAUUUGGAAGGAUUUUUUUAAGGGGAAGAAUAUUUUUUCUAAAAUAUAAGGUUUAUCUUUUGAAUGGUUUCUUUUUUAGAAUGCCCUUACAUUAUUUAGUCUUGCUAGUUUAAGAUAAUUAACUUAGAAGAAUAUGUAUAGUAUAUUUCUAUUUUACCUACUAAUAAAUUGGUAUACCAAACUUAAUGCCAAUAAACUUUGUGUUUAGAAUUUUAAGGUAAAAGGCUUAUGGAAAAUACUUCUUAAAAUUUAGAGUAAUUAUUUUUGCAUCUCUGGAUAGAAUUCCUAAUCGGUUUUCUUAAGUUCCUUUUUUAGUUUAAACAUCAUGAAACCAUAGUAACUCUUCUUUUCUAUCCCGACCCUUCUCACUGGUUGAUGAAUGCUGGCCUGCAGGUUUUUAUGAUAUGUCUCAUAAGACUGACUAAAAUGUCAGCCUAAACAACUUGUGUAAUUGGUUUCCCUCUGAAGAGUUGGGAAUUUAAUGUAUGUUCUUGAUGACAAAUGUGUCUCUAGAAUGUGCAUGUUACAUGUCUCUGUACUAGUGUCAAAGUACUGGCAUUGAGACCAUAUGUUGAUCAUUCUGUAGCUGCUAUAUUUAUUUAGAUAGAGGCCGACAUUUACUGCACUAAAUCAUAAGGAAAUGUGCAAGAUGCCAGGUAUUGUCAGACCCUUUGGAUUUUUUUAGAUAAGUUUAGGGACACAAAUUAUGAAGGUAACAGCAGGUACUUGAAACAGCUCCAUUUUAAUUACAGAAUGCCUUUGCUUUAGAAAUGGAGUUUGUUUUUACAUUGACAGUUCCUAGGGGGUACGUGAGUCUUCUCAGUCCUGGGCUUUGGCACAUUUUCACAGAAAUGUGGAUACCUUUCAUUUUAUUAAUAAUUAUCUUUUAACAAGUUUUCCAGGAAAAAAAGAGUGGAAAUAUCUCUUCUUUCCUUAUGAACUAUUAAUUUACUUUUCUUCCUGAAGAGAAUCUAGUAGGAAUGUUCUGUGUGUUUCGGAAGGCACUUGAUAAAGAUUCAUCUCUGUUCUAGCAGAGAGACUCCUUGCCUUCUAAAGACCCAUACUAGUUUUCCAAGCCAGGCUCUCAGGGAUCCCCACAGCUUAGUACUGACUUGCAUGUUGUUCUGUGGAUCUUAGGAUAGCAGACUUGAGGUGUGUCUUGGGAAAUAAGAAGCCAGCUGCUGUUGAGUUGAAAUGGCUCCCAGAUCUCAGUCAGGGCCAGUGGAAGCACUUGGAGGCCAGCAAUAGACGUGAAGCCCAGAGAGACAUCUUCCCCAAGCAUGUGGUGGGGCUUUUCAUAUGCUUAAUUUUUAUGAAAUUCAAGGAGCUAGCCACCUGGACACUAGUAGAAUAGUUUGUUCCCUCUCUGUUUCAAACCUUGAUAGUAAUGUUUUGCCAAGAAGUUUAACUGAUAUCUCUAUCAUUUCUACUGGGUGUCAUUAAACAGUUAUAUGUUCAAUUGAGCCGGUUAUAAGGUACACCUAUAAUCCUAGCCCCCAGGAGCAUCAGGAGUUCAAGGCCAGCCUUAGCUACAUGAGACCACGUCUCCAAACAAGAGCAAAAGGUCCAUUUCCCUUACCCCUGUAGGUGCCCUCCUGUUGCAGAGAAAGGCUACUCUUACCAGUUCCCUGUAGUUUACGAGCCUCUUAGGAGUUAAGUGACUGUGUCAAAGACAGACAGUUCACUUGUCCAGCUUUCUUGACUCAGUCACUUUGUCCAUGUGAAGUGUUAGUCCUUCUCAUCCUUCUUGGGAAUUUGUAGAUAUUUUUGAAGCUUUAAUUAAAAAUAGUCGAAGAGCUUUACAUCAAGUGAGCUCAUCCUGAGUGACGCUAUACUCUGACUUAGAGGGUCUUUGUUUUCCUGUUUCUUCUCCACACAAGCAUCUCUGUGGUUCUGUAAGAGUCAAAAACUAAGCCGGGCGGUGGUGGCGCACGCCUUUAAUCCCAGCACUCGGGAGGCAGAGGCAGGUGGAUCUCUGUGAGUUCGAGGCCAGCCUGGUCUACAGCGCGAGAUCCAGGAAAGGCGCAAAGCUACACAGAGAAACCCUGUCUCGAAAAACCAAAAAAAAAAAAAGGGUCAAAAACUGGGGGCUGGAGAGAUGGCUCAGCAGUUAAGAGCACUGGCUGCUCUUCCAGAGGACCAGGGUUCAAUUCCGGUUCACAACUGUAUGUGACUCCAGUUCCAGGAGAUCUAACACCUGCCCCUCACACAGAAUACAUGCAGGCAAAACACCAGUGAAAUAAGAAUAAAUAAAUUAUUUUUUAAAAAAAGAGUCAAAAACUAAGUCAUAAAUAAGUGUGUAAAAGUCAGUACAGAGGGCAGGAAAGUCAGUACAGAGGGCAGGAGAUAACUCAGAAGGGAAAGGCACUCACCACCCAGAGGGAAAGCCUGAGUUCAGUUCUUGGGACCCAAAUAGUGGAAAGAGAUAACCAACUCCCAUAAAUUGUCCUCUGACCUCCAUACGCAUGCCAUGACACGACUCAUGUGGGCUCAAGCAUGUGCACACUCACAUACACACACACACACACACACACACACACACACACACACACACACAAAAAAAAAAAUGUAAUUUAAUUUUUUUUUAUUUUUAAGUCAGUAUAUAAAUCAGGAAGAUGACAGCUGGCCUUAGCAUAUGCCUGUGAUCCUCACAUUCCAGAGACUAAGGCCAGAGGAUCUUGAGUUCAAGACCAACCUGGGCUACAUAGAGUUUGAGGCCAGCCUAGGCUACAUACCGAUACUCUGUCCCCAACUCUGCCAAACCCAAAAGAAAAGGACAAGACAAAGAAAUCAGAAAGAGAAUUGUCUCUAAAAAAUCUUGGCAAUGAAUGAUAUGAUGCUGUGAUUAAUUAAACACAAGCUGAGUCCCAGGGGGAAGAAGGUAAUCUAUAUACAAAUAAAAUAUAUCACAAAAGGAAAAAAAUGUUUUUACUUUUUUUUCCUAGUUUCUAAAAAUGUUACAUUUAAGUUUAAAUUUUCCCCUGUAAGUCAGCAGUUUUUAAAUGGACAAGGAUUCAGCUGAUUAUCCAUGGCCAGUUGAAAUUUACCUCACGCAUCAAAAGGAGUGCCCUAGAGUUUUAUAUUAUCAGUUAAAUUUUAAGAAUCUUGUGUUCUUAAAUCCUAGAAGUUAAUGACUUUAACUUGAGUGAAAGGAUGGUUAGCUUCUGUAUGGAGGAUUGGAUUGCCAAUAGAAGACCCUGUUGAAGUUACAGGUAACAGUGUGACAAAAUUAGGAUCUUCUCAGAUCGACCGGCCAGCCAGCCAGCCAGCCAGCUCCCUUCCUCUUUGAAUCAAUGUCCAAGGUCACCAGAAUCUGCUAUUGUUCUACAUUAGGAUCUCAGUAAAGAGACUUUUCAGGGUAGACACUGAAUUUGAUUUUUAAAUCAAGAUGGUUCUUAGAAAGUGCCUUUUCUGAAGAUGGUGCUGUAGAUUUUUAUUUUUUAAACAGCAUAAAACUAAAAAAUUUUAAGAUAAUUUAGAAUACCAAGAGUAUGACAGUUUCAUAUAAAUAAUGUUAUUUGUUGUCCUGAACUUGGUCUAGAGAACCAAGGGGCUUUUAUGUAGUAAUGUGUAUAAGUUAAUGCUCAGCAAAUUGAUUCUGUAAAUUUGAACAUAUAGUUUUUAAUUCUCAGCUAUGUUUGAAGUAAUCUAUAAUGUAUAUAAGGUAAUAGAUAUAAUAGUAAGUGCCCCAAGGCAAAGGCACCAUGCCAGCACUGUGUGUUAUGAGCUACUUUUCCUUUUUCGGGGUGGUCACCUCCUGACUAACCUUUUCUAAUGACUCCUCAUUAAGAAAGAACACUUAAUAAAGGAAGAGCUACGUCACUGACAUCAGUUUAAGACAGAAAGCAAAAUGAUUAUAGCUCAGCCUUUAGGGAAAUUUUGUUUUUUUAGACACCAGUGACUAUUUUAAGUGAUUCCAGUUUUUCCUGGGUGGGAGGACUGAAAAAAUGAGAGGAAGAGGGCAAGGUCACGUGUUUAACAACAGACUACAGUCUGAGGGUAUGUGACUGAUUGGUAGGGUACAUGCUCAGCACAUAGACAGCCCUGGUUUAACAACAGACUACAGUCUGAGGGUAUGUGACUGAUUGGUAGGGUAUGUGUUCAGCACAUAGACAGCCCUGGUUUAACAACAGACUACAGUCUGAGGGUAUGUGACUGAUUGGUAGGGUACAUGCUCAGCAUAUAGACAGCCCUGGUUUCAUCCCUAGCACUAGGGGAAGAAAAAAUGCAAAUCUGGGCUGUGGUGGGGAAUAAGUGAAGUGAGACCCAUUUCUGUUAGAGAGCAGCUUGUCCUUAUACCAAGAAGCAGUAAACAGCAUAGAUGGUCAGCUUAACCAAUUCCUGCUCGUGAAUUUAAUGAGCGUUCCUCCAGAAGAUAACUAGACUAACACAGAAAACAGCACACCUCAGUAACUUUGUAUUGCUGCAUUAUGUAAUGAUAGUAAAAUUAUACUGUGUCUGUUUGUGCAUUAAACUUUCUCAUUUUUAUAAUGUCUUAAUAGCAAUUAUUAGUUUAUUUUUUAAGAUUAAUUUUUCUAUUGUCAUAUUUAUAUUUAUUGGCAAUUUGUGUGCAACUUUUGUAUUCUGCCCUAGAUGUUGGAUUUAAGGAUUUUAUUUUUAUAGAUAUUUCUAGCUUUUCUCUUCCUUUGUAAUAGUAGCAGAAAUUAAGAUGGUGUGUUAAUAUAUAAACCAAACUACUAAUUCUAUAGAGUUUGGAUUUUUACCAAUAAACCAUUAAUGCUAUUUUCUAAUUUAGAAUAUUUAAUAUUUUAUAUAAUGGGCAUUAAGGACAGUUCUUAGGUGGCUUUCUGCAUUUACUUCUCUGUAAGUUAGGUUCAUUUGGAGAAAAGUAACACUAACCAACUGGACUCAUUUCGCCUGAUUGCACUUUGGAGGAAGUUGUCGAAUAAAUGAUUGUUUGAUUUUUUUUUUUAGCUUGAGGUACAUUGCUCUCAAUUGUGAUUCAUUUUUAUAGUCAGGAAGACAAAUAGAAAAAGAUAUACAAACCAGUGAUAAUUGACUUUGAAAUGAGAUUUCUCCUUCCCAUAAUUAUUUGGAAGAUUUGCUACCCUGAACUUGCCUAGAAUAGUUUAAAGUUAACUUAACACUGAGUAUCAGUGAAGAAAAAGAGUGUAGGUAUUGGAAAGUGCAGGGAUAGAAUAACAGAGUAUCUCAGCUAAUUAAAAUGUACCUAAGUAGGCCAGGAGUGGUGGUGUGUGGCUUUAAUUGCAAUACUCAAGAGGCAGAGACAGGCAGAUCUCUGUAAAUUCCAGGCCAGCCUUGGCUACUAAGUGAGUUCCAGGCCAGCCAGAGCUACAUAGUGAGACCUUUUCUCCAAAAAUACAAAAAUCAACAACAAAGUUUUGACUGAGUAGUAACAUGAGCUAAUUGGAAAGCAGUGAAAAGCAUAAUUAUAGAAUAUUAAUUUCAAGUGAAUAUAAUCACUGCAGUUUUUAGUGGAUCAAUAUCAUAUUGACACAUUAAUUCCUUUAAAUAAGUAUAGGAGUAAUAUAUAUAAUUCCUUUAAAUAAGUAUAUGAGAAAGAUGUAUUCACUUAAGAAGGUAAAAUAUUUCCAUUAUAUUGUUGCACUCUGAAUUUGCUUGGUAAGGAAUUUUUUUUUUCCUGUGAGAAAUGGAAAGACAACUUCUAUCCCUUCUUGAAUUCUUAAAUAUCAAAUUAUUGAGGCUGAAUGCAUUUUUACUUCUCUCUCUGUAUUCUGUUCUUCCCCCUGAGAGGGAGAAGAAUGGAAAAGUUUUAAGUACUUGGAAAUGGGAAAAUAUUUUUUCUAAUAUGUAAACACUUACACUGUAAAACGAAUCAGAAUGUGAUUUCAUGUAGACGUUAGCUGAAUCAUCUCUUUCUGAGUUUUUCCAGUUACAUACUUUGCUGUAUAAUGUGCCUUCUGAACUUCUUCCUUCACCCCAGAUUCAGUACCAUUGACUCAGUGCCCUGGUCAUGGGAGCUUAUUAACUAUCCGUAGAGACUGUUUCGAGGGGGUUGGUUUUGUCUUGUUGUCUCUUCUGCAAGUAUAGACAGGCCCCUUGUGAGACUGCCCACUGUUGGUAACUUGAGUUUUCCUGAAUGUCAGCGCUGUUCUAGGUAGACGGGCAUACCAUUCUUUUAGACUAAUGUGUUUAAGGCUGUCAGGAAGCCAGCUUUCUUUGUUCUUUCGGAAAGCUCUUGGGUGCCUGAGCUUCCGUGGUGGGCUCCACAUACCCAGAUAUCUGGCCUCUGUGCUGCGUUAUCAGUGAAAUACUGGAUGGCUUGUUUUCACAGCCCACCUCUUCAGAACCAAGUAUCCACUCAGUGAGGUGUAGAUCAUCUCACAAAGGAACCUUCAGAACAGUAAAAAAAAAAAAGUAAAAAGACAGGCAAGUGGGUCAGUAGCCAUCUCUGUGCAAGGCUGUAAUUUUGUUUGCAGUUUACACGCCUCCAUCAGUGGCUGGAGAUGUGGCUCAUGCAGAAGAGUGCUUGCCUAGCAUGCCUGAAGCUCUGGGUUCAAUCCCCAGCGCCUCACAAACUGGGCUUGGCUGUACACGCCUGUAAUCCCCGCACUCAGGAGAAUCCAUAAGCACCCAUGAGGUUAUCUUUGAGCGCGUCCUAGGUUGGAGACCAUCCUAGGACGCUCAUCACCAGCUGCCUCAGAGACUAGAGAGGGCAGUUACUCUGGUAUUUCGUGCCUAAAGCUCUCAUCUUCAUGACUUUUGUUUGGAGAAACAAAACUCCCUGGAGUUGGCCAUUGAUAAUCUUCAGCGCAGAGAAGGAUUGGCUCAAAUGUGUUUGUAUGUGACUCCACCCUUGUUAAAAGGCCCUGUGAAGCCAGGAGACAUGUAUGAAGACACUGAGCAGUGAGGCUGUGAGAGGGAGUAGUGGAUGGAAACGGAGAGGGGGAGUGUUUUCUUUGCUGGGAUGCUAGAAACUGUAUAAUUAGUAUUUUCCAAGUUCUCCAAACGACAGCUAAUGGAGCAGUUGUUACUGUUUGACACAGAUGUGAAGGAAGGGUUCAUAAUGGAGACCUGUAUUAGCUACUUGUCUCAAACCCAGAGCUGCACCAGAGCUGCACCUGGUCUUGGCAAGUUCAAGUCUUAGAAGUCACCUCUGCAUUAUAGUGAGGGAUCACAUGAAGUGUUUAUCCUCAAAUAGAAGCCUGGUGUUGCUUUGGUGGCUCUCUCCUUAGAAAACACCAAGCUGGGUCUUUCCAGACUUUUCUGUAAGGAUUUGGGAAAAACACUGGUGGAUGGAAAGGAAGGAAGGAAGAAUCUUGGCGUGGAUGGUUUCACCUGCUUAAUGCAUCCGUGUUGGUCCCGGAGAGCAAUAGGAAGCUUUGGUUUUUGUAGCAAAAAGACUUGCUCUCUAAAGAUGGCUAGUUGUGAAUACCUCCCAUCAGUCAGGGAAGGAUCUCAUGUUGAUGAGGACCUUGCAAACCCUCCUGUGUUCUUUCCUCACUCAGAAACUAGGAACACAGAGGGCUAGCAGUCUACUUCAGGGGUAAAGCGUACGCAUCACAAGCACAAGCCUGCCCCUGCCCUGCCCCCUCCAAAACCCAACCACCAAAACAGCAAGCAGAAACUGGUGGAACCCUCUAGAAUAGAGAUUGAAAGUUUCCCAGGUGCCUUCUUAGCCUCAGGCACAACUUUUUCUCCUCUUUAAAUAGGAAACAAAAAGUUCACAGGCAGUUUACUUAGGACUCUGCUGUGAGUAAAUAAUAGUCUUUAGAAUGUCUGGGAAGCAGGACCAUUUGCCAGGAGUUCCUGCUUGAUCAAAAGACUGUUUUAGCCGGGCUGGUGGCACACACCUUUAAUCCCUGCACACUGGGUCAGGGUGAUCUCUGAGUUUGAAAUCAGCCUGGAUGAUAUCACAAGCUCCAGACCAAGAAAAAAAGUUCUGACUUAUUUUGAUACAUGGCUUCUUAAAUGUAUUUUUUAAUAGGUUGAACGGAUUAAUACUUCGACAACCCAUUCCUCAACUUACAUAUUUAUUUAUUUCACUAAAGUUGUUAUAUAGAUAUAUUUACCACAUCUGACCUCUUGGUAUGUAGACAAUUCUAUACAGAAAAUAAUUUUUUUAGGAACUAGAGAGAGAGGCUCAACUGUUAAGAGUACUUCCUGUUCUGUCAGAACCAAGACUGAACCCACACUGACAGCUCGCCAGUUCCUGAAACUCCAGCUCCAAGGGAUCUGAUGCCCCUGCCUGGCCUCAGUGGGCACAUACACACCUAAAUCAAACAACAUAAAUUACACACACACACACACGCCAGGCAUGGGUCAUACAUUUGAGUUUCUGGUCAGCCUGGGCAAUAUAAGACCCUUUCUCUAAAAAAAAUAAAAUAGCCAGGCGGUGGUGGCGCACACCUUUAAUCCCAGCACUUGGGAGGCAGAGGCAGGAGGAUCUCUGUGAGUUCGAGGCCAGCCUGGGCUACAGAGUGAGUUCCAGGACAGGCGCAAAACUACACAGAGAAACCCUGUCUCGAAAAACUAACAAUAAAAUAAAAUAAAAAUAAAAAAAUUCAACCCAUCUGUAGUCAGGCCUAAGUUAUAAAGGAGACAUAAGGUGUUUUUAAAUGUGACCUUUAAAUGGUCACAACUAAAAGAAGACUGUUGAGCGAUUAUGUGUGCCUUUGAGAGUGGAAAGGGCUGUAGGACAUGAGCCAGAGACUUGGGUGUGGCUCACACUAGCUCGGCCUCAGCCGUUUUCGGCCUCAGCCGUUUUCCUCCCUCUGCUGUCUCCCUGUAGUGAGGGUACCUGCCCUCACCUACCUCACCUAAGUUUUCUCGAGAAUCAGUCUGUUUGUGAGUAAUGUUUGACUUCCACAAAGGAAAAGCUAUUCAGAAGUUCAGAAUGUAGAGAAGGUUCUGAAGGUUCUUUCCGGUCGGUCUCUGUGAAAGUGUCUUCUUUAUUUAUGGCAGAUCGUUUUAUGAAACAGUAUGAGAAGCGUGCUGGCAUCGGCAUAGUAUGUGGUGUUCCAGUGUGUCUCGUUUCUUCCCUUCCAGACGUCCAGCGCGGGGGCACAUUUUUUCUUUGUAACAACCCCUAGCAAAAAGGAAAGUUUUUAAAAACCGAAUUCCUUUCGGUGGUGCUAAAGCGGUUACAGUUGCAUUUUUAGUUCAUGAUGAAGCCCGUCGGCCCUCGGGUUUUAACCUGACCUGUCUCCAGGCACCUGUGCUUCGUUUGCAUCCACCUCCGCUGCUGUUCCGUGCGGCUUACCCUGUGUCUCUCGGCACCCUUCCCUCGGAGAAGUGAGUAGAGUUCUCGGAAGGAAAGUGUGCUGAUUUCACUUGUCGCUUUACAAAACUGAACUUUGCUUUACUUUAAAAAUCCCAGUUGUCAUUUAUCUAUAAAACAUAAGCCAGCCACGGUGGUACACUCCUAGCCCCAGCGUGCAGGAGGCAUCGGCAGGCAGAUCACAAGUUUGAGGUAUGUCAGGGUUACUUAGUGAGACCCUUUCCCAGAAGUCAGAGAGAGACUGGUUGUAGUGAUACUGUAUGUAUGACCCGGGGACCUAUGAGUGCUGACAGGGCCUUACAUUUCAACAGGAAACCCAUUUCCUUGUGAGAUGGGGGCUCCUGUUUCUAGGAAAUCACAAAGGGCUUAUCGCCACAGGUAUAAACGUUUCUUUUUGCAACAGACAAAUUGGUUGCUUUUGUUUUUGUUUUUAAAGAAAAGUGGACGUAUGUUAAAUAUACAGGGUACGGAUGAACUCAAUGUUUAUUCUUAUCUCUACUCUUACUGACCUCCCUGUUCUUGCAAGCAUUUGGGGGCCUUUCCAACUUCUCGAUUAGAAAGCUGGCAUCUGGUUACUUUAAUAGAACAAUUAGAAUUACAAGGUGAGACUUUGGGGAGCUUUAUACUUAAAAAUAAAAAAGCUGGGUGUGGUGAGUCACACCUGUAAUCCCAGCACUUGGAAGGCAGAGGCAGGAAGAUCAUCCCAGAUUCCAGGCCAGCCACGGCUAUGUAGCAAGACCUUGUCUCAAAAACCAAUGAAUAAAAAUGCCUAUAGGAUGCAGUGCCAUAGCUAACACUGACACAUCCGAACACUGUUCAAAGAUUCUUACUGUACUGUGUAACUUUGAUGGCUGUCUUAGUUAUGGACCCAUAAAAGUAUUGCUGUAUCUUAAGUAAAUACCAUUUGUGUGAACUAAUAUGUGGGUGCAUUUGUAGGCUGUGGAAAACAGUGGUGUAUGUGUGUGUGUGUGUAUUAUAAAAACCUCACAACCCUCUAUGGAUUAAGUGUAAAUAGACAAAAUAACUGUUGUCUCUUUCAUGUUGGGAAGACUAAAAUGGCAGUAUGGCCAUUCCAUUGCAACCCUCCCCUCUCUCUGGAUUCCCUUAGCAGUUAGUGACUAACUGCUCCUGCUUUAGACAAUUGCUGCUGCUUUUAAACCAACAUCCUUCUUCGACAUUACUCUUUUCUGAGGAGUAAAAUGUACAUUAUAGGACAUGUGGGCAGGGUGGAGCCACCUGCAAAAUGUCCUCCAUGUGGAUAGCCUUUUAAAUUUGACCUUUGAAUCACCUAGACCAUGUGUGCCUAUUUGUAUUGCAGACGUGAACUUCUGUUUCAGGGUUAAUAACAGAACGUUUUGAAAUGGAAAUAUUACAUAAAUUCAGAGUAAUCUCUCCCACCCUCUUCUCAUACUCCCUGCUCUGGCCAAAUAUUUCUACUGACACCAGAGCAAAGCCCAGGAUGGGGCUCUGACCUCCUUCCUCAUCAUCCCUCCCCAAAGUAACUGUCAUAUGCCUGAGCUCACCUCAUCUUCUUCGUUUGGUGUUCAUAAGAGAGUUUAGUGUAGUAUUUAAAGACCACAGCAUUUCAUAAUGUUUGUCUACCUGCCGCCUUUUUACACAUUUGGCCACACACUAACAUCAGUUAAGACAGUGGAGUGGGUCUGAUCUGUAAGUUACUAUGGGACCAGAAAAGAUACAAAAUGAUUAACUUGGCAGUCAUAUUUGUGCAAAGGAAUUGGAACUCUGUUGGGUGAUGUGUGUGUGUGAUCACUGUGUCGUUAGAUUCACCAAAGGCUGAACUCUAUCACUGUGUAUGGGGGAUCAGCUCUGAUUUAUCAUGUUAACUCCUUAAAGAUGAUGGGUAACUGUGAUAAGCAGAAAGCAAAUAAAGUUUUUAAUCAAAAGUGCUUGUCUUUGCUAUUUCUAAUUUGGUAUUAAAUUUUCUACUUUGAACUAAACCAUCUUACCCUAAAAAAUUAUUUCCAAAAUGUAUUUCCCCUUCUCUGUGAAGUGGGGCUGGAAAAAGCUAGUUGUAAACAGUUUGGUCAUAUGUAACACUUAUGGUAAAGAAGUGCUCAUGAUUCUUCCUGACCCAAACUGUCACCAAAAUGUCCUGGGACCGAACCCCUCGUUUCUCUGCCGUUCUGCAAACAAGAAGGGUUCUAUUUUGUCUGUUUUUACUCCUUGAUUUCAAAAAUUAACGGUUUUAUUGUUGCUUAUCCUCAGUUUAAAGUGUAACUUCCACUGAUACCUGCAAUUAAAAAAUAACUUAAAAAACUGUU